AUGGAGGCGGCCGGGGGGGGGGGGGCGUCUGUAGGAAGCGAAGUGGGUCCAAAUGACUGCGACGAAGUCUGGCCACGCAGGUUCCCGCUCGGGCCACGAAAGCUCCUGGCUGCCCAAUGCGGGGCUCCGCUGCCUGCCGGGCUCCUCCCCAGCGGGGCCGCCGAGGGAACGGGAGGCUCAUCGGAAUCUGCGGUCCGGCGCGGAAAAGAGGCGCGCGGCCCGGAUCCGGCUUCCUGCUGCGCUCGGGGAGAGGGGGUCACGUGGGGUGGGCUUCCGCCUUCCCUGCGCGGCCGAGGGGGCGUCCAUGCGGGCGGUGGAAUCGAGCGCGGGCUCCGAUUGGCCAGCGUCGCUCGGCGGGUCUUGCUCCGCCAACGGGAGGCGGGAGCGGCGUGGGCGGGGCCGCGCUGCGUGUGUGCCCGAGGGGGCGGGCCCAGCCAAUCCGCGCCCUCCUUCCUGCCGGCGGCGGGCGCUUCGAAGAGGGCCGCCGCGGCGCCGAGCGGGAUGGAGCGGCGGCGUUUCAAUUACUGGCCAAGAUACUUCAAUACAGAAAGGCAGGCGAUUGACAUACAACCAGGAGAGAAUGUUGCAAAAUAUAUCCGAGAUUUCUUUGAUACUUCUAUCAAGGACCAUCUGAUAUCCUGUCCGUCACUUAGCUCAUCAAGUUCAUCCCCUGAUUUGACCCGAAAUCGAUUUCUGCUUCCUACUGAGCAGAGAACGCCGGUUGACUCUGAUUUGAUUAAUUCCGUCAGCAGUGCCUUUUCGGCCGGCUGUUCACCACCACGACAUGGGGAAGCCAGCAGUUCAGUAGGUGAUGAUGUAUUCCUUGAAGAUCCCCUGACGACUCUUCCCAAGAGGGUGCGGGGUUCUCCUGCUCUCCUCGCUGAGGAACCAAAUGUACCAAGGGACCAGGUUGUGGCUCCCCCUGAUCGAAAGGACAGCGUGUCACGGUGCAUAUCAUUCCACGGGAGUUCAACUUCUCAGGUUCCGCCGUCUCCCUUUCCUUGGGAUCCAGUAAGUUCAGAGUCAGAGAAUGAGGACGAAUUUUUGAUAGCUGAAUCAUUUGGGGACCCCUUUACAUCUUGGCUUUCGCAGCCCAAAAAGAACAGCCUACCCACAGAAAGGAGUUUACCUUCUCCACCUCUUGAAAGCAACCAGGCAACCCAAGAGCCCAGCAUAGGUAAUGAAUGCGAUAGGGAUCAGAGUCCAGUCGUAGAUCCAGGACUUUUCAAAGCAGUCACAGUCUGUUUUUCAAAGCAGUCACAGUCUGUUGGACCUCCAGCCCUGCAGUCGUCCACUGGUAAACAAGUUAAGAAAGCUAAGUGUCCAAAAAAUGUGCCUUUGAAAAAUCAGGCAGAAAGGAAAAGUUCUGUUAGAGACGUUGGGAGGAAACUUGGAGUGCUAAUUUUGGAGGAGGAUGUUGAAAGCAAAGCCAAAGAACUGGGUGAUAAAUGUGCUGGAAUUCCUCCUGGAGACAGAUUAAUUCCUUCAGGGAAGAGGAGGGCACCUCUCAGUCCUGAAGACGAGUGUGGCAGAGCAUCACCCCAAGAGGGAUCAUGUGAGGCAGAAAAAGCACUUUCAUCCAUGGAAGGGCAAAAUAGCAGGACUCUUUCAGUGUGGGGUUCUUCUGUGCGAGCUAUAAGUGUGAACGACCUGAGUGGUCCCGUCUGCAAGGCGAAGGAGACCAUUCCCUGCUCAAAGAAAGCUUUGAUUAGCAGCAACAUGGAAGUUUCACUUUCAGUGAGGCCACCUGAUGAUACAGCCAGUCUUCGUCGGAGCAGGCGGCUGCGGCUUAAACCUUUAGAGUACUGGCGUGGAGAGCGUGUGAUGUAUAAUAUGGACCCUUCAGGAGAGCUUGUAGCCAGUGGAAUCAUAUCACCUAAAGAGAAGAGACCCUGUAAACUUAGGAGGAUAAAAGAGCCUGGGAAGUCAGACAUAGAGAAAGUGCUGGAAAACACAAACACUACCUUAAAAGAUGUCUUGGAGCCAGCUCUUGUGUUUGAUGCAGCCUCAAAGCAAGAAGUUCUUCAAGAAUGUGUAAGCAGCGGCCAUUCGCAUUUGCUUUUCUUCAGUAAUGAAGACAUGUCCAUAUAUAAAUAUUUUUCUACUCCCCUGUUUUCUGCUGGCAAACUGAUACUGAAGCCAUUCAAAGAGAAGGGAUCUCAAUAUUCCCCUGCAGAUACAUUGGUUUUUCAUAUUGUCAAAGGCAGACUUCUUUUCACUCUGUACGGUCAAUGUUACUCUCUGCGUGCUGGAAAUUAUUUCUAUGUUCCAGCUGGGAAUAUAUACAACAUACAGAAUACCUUGAAUGAAGAAUGCAUCAUGGUUUUCACGCAGAUAAAAGGAAACAGGAGGUCCAGGCAGAUCUAUGGAAAACUUCUGUUCCUCCCGGGAUUUUCAGGAGACUGUCUUCCUCCUUCCUUCCAGUUUCCAUAGCCCUCUGGAGAAGCUCCACUGUGGAAAGGUUUAGGAUGACCAAGGAAAAUAGUAGUCCUCCAUGGCUGUGGAGCCUAAAUCGAAGAAGGGGACAAAGAGAAGUCACCUUGUGCUGGAAGAUCUCCGGGCUCCAAGGGAGCUGGGCUGGGUUGAGCUUGCCUGAAGGGACGAGGACCGGGCGCCCGCUCCACCAGAGCUGCCCCAACCCACGGCUGCCUUGUUGCAGGGAUUAGUGGGAGCAUCAUGCGAUCUCCCCGGCCCACUGAUUCUGAUUCCAGCUGUUGAUCUGGUCGCCUGAAUCUGUGGCCAGAGUGGGGGUGAGCCAGCCCCUUUAAUUUUGUGGAGUUCUUCUAAUCUGGCUGGUGGAGAUUGGGGCCCUUAAGCACUGGGAAUGGUGUUCCAAGGACCCACUCUGCAGCCACGAGCCAUAAAUCCACUCAGUGCACUUUUGGUGGGGAGCCUUAAGUUUUCUGCUCCUCAGAUUCUGGUGGCACCAUUUUCCGCCCCUCAAGUUCCCACACAUAUGGCAAAUUUGGCGGAAACGUUUCCCUGGACCCUAAUUCAGUUCCUUUUGGGGCAGCAGUUUAAAGGGAGAGCUAGAUAGGGCUCAGAAACCACCAGGAGCCCUGAAUCACCAAUGCCCACAUUGAAGGAUGUCAUCCCCCCCACCCCCUCGCAAAUUCCUGUGAGCCCCAGACAACAAGGACCAGCGGGGCAAAUUAGAACCAAAUAACAUGGUGCUCCAACAAAAAGGGCAAGGCGAUUCCCUACUCCCGAGUAUGGUACUGAAGAGGAGGAAAAUUCAAUGUAUUUUGUUCCCUCCCCCAUCCCCAGGGUUGGGAGGCACUUAAAAAACUCACCAUCUUCAUGACAGAGGGUGGGAUGGACCUGGAAGAAUCAUUUUUGGGUAAUUUGACUUUUUUCCCAGUAAAUGUGUCAAGCAUUUAUUGUGUAAAGUCAGUAACACAUUAAGCUACCAGGUUAAGCAUCUCAGGCACCACCUGAACAAGCUGAACAAUAUGACACCAGAGCCUUUCAACAACCGGCUGACCCCAUCCCAGGAUGCCUUUUUCCAAAGUGCCUCCUUGAAAUGAUUAGAAGAGAGUGGGCCACUGCCGGGUGUGGAAGUACCCUGCAUGCCAUUGCCAAACAUCAUGAUGCCUUGACGAAGGAGGCCAUGGAUGAGUUAAAAGUCGGUCCUAUGACUGCCCUGAAUACAGGAGCGAAAUUACCUGAGGAGGCUGAGAAUGCUCUCAAGAAAGGCUCCUUUGACAGUAUGAAAUGAGGUAGCUCUUGAGAAGGUCUGCAGAGCGGCAUCUUUGACCACCGGGUCCUUGGGAGUCCUCUCGUUCCCUUUAGAAGGGAAACUGAAUGGAUGUGAGGAAGUCACCUUGAGUAAUUAUCCCGAUUAAGAUCGAAGAAUUGUAAUCUGAAGAAGAAUCUAUCGAAAACGGUUACAGUAGCGCAACCCGUUUAUUAUUGGAUAUUUAAUUGACGGACUUGGCUCAGACUGGUCCACAUUGCCAUAUAGACCUACUUCUACUGACUGGAAUGCAGUAUAUGCAGCUAUUGAUAAGUGAUUGAUUAUCUUCAAAGAAGAGGUCCCG